UGCCGUUUCCAAGAGUUCCUUGAAGAGCUCCCUAGAGAAGCUGGAAUGUCAUUUUACGUGGACGUUGCUGGAGGAGGAUGUGGAUCUCGAUGAAUUAAAGGAAACAGUACGCUGUCAGAUAAGGUUUUUCACAGAAUCCAACAUUCAAAAUUAUAAUCUAAUGUCCUACAUAUGCCACCUAAAGAAAUCGAAUGAGGAAGCCCUGCAAAAUCUACAGAAAGCUGAAGAAGAAGUUCAAAAAAGUCACCCAGACAAAAUUGCCAGGAGAAGUCUUGUUACCUUGGGGAACUAUGCCUGGGUCUACUACCACCUGGAGAGGUAUGAAGAAGCUCAAAGUUACGUAAACAAGGUGGAGAACAGCUGCAAAGAGCUUUCCAGUACUGCUCAGUGGAAGAUUGAACUUCCAGAGAUCUAUGCUGAGGAAGGAUGGGCAUUGAUAAAGUUUGGGAAAAAAUACUACAAGAGAGCAAAGAAUUGCUUUGAAAAUGCUCUGAAGAAGGAACCCAACAACCCAGAAUUUAAUGCCGGCUAUGCAACAGCAAUGUACCGUUUGGAAGAUUAUUUUUACAGGCAAUGUGAACAUGAAAGCCUGUGCCUCGAGCCUCUGAAGCGUGCAGUGGAACUGAAUCCAAAGGAUACUGUCCUUAUGGCAUUACUUGCAUUAAAGCUUCAGGAUUUAAAGCAAGAUGAUGAAGGGGAGAGAUACAUUGAGGAAGCAAUGCAGAAAACCCCUUGUUCUCCUUACGCCUUGCGAUACAGUGCUAAAUUUUACAGAAGGAAAGGAGACGUGGACAAGGCACUGGAGAUUUUGAAAAGGGCCCUAACAGUAACACCAGACUCUACCUUUCUGCAUCAUCAGCUUGGACUCUGCUACAGAAAUAAGCUAUUUGAGUUGAAAAGGUCUACAAGAUAUCCAUCUCGAGAGCAAGUGGAGGAACUCAUCCAACUUGCCAUUUAUCAUUUUAAAAUAAUGACUGACCGAAAGACAAAAAAUUUUUCUGCACACAUGGACCUAGCAAGAAUGUAUACAGAAGGAAAGAGGUAUGAGGAAGCAGAAGAGACAUUUCAGAAAGCAUCUCAGAUAAAUAUUCUGUGCGAUGAUGACAAGCAACAAUUCUGCCAUGUUUACGGUAAUUUUCAGCAUUUUCACAUGAAAUCAGAAUCUGAAGCAAUCAGGUAUUACAUGAAAGGAAUGAAAAUUCAGAAAGACUCUUAUUACUUCCAUAAGUGCAGAGAUGCUCUGAAGAAAAUGCUGGAACAGAGAAUUCAAAGAGGUUUAGGAGAUGCAAGAGUUUUUGCUACACUGGGAUUCAUUUGUUCUCUAAACAGUGAGAAACAUGAAGCAAUUGAGUACUAUGAGAAGGCUGUUGCAUUAAAUCCUGACAGUGAAGAAUAUCUGAGUGGAUUAUGUGAGCUGAGACUUUCCAUCUCAAGCUAA